AUGGCCGAAUUGAUUUUUUCGCGUCUCCUGUACACGCUUAUGUCUCGUGAAACAAGUUAUUUUUUCAUAUGAAAUUGUAAUGUAAUAACAAGAGCAACAAGCACGAAGAAAAGAUCGGUGUUAGAUUCUCUAUAUUGAACAACUAUUCAUCAUAAUUUGCUUCGAAUUUUAGUGAUACGCGCGUUCCACAGUCUGACAGUCUUCCGUGAUUUUUUUCGAUGUUUUUCCCCGUUUUUACGAAUUUGACAGUGUCACGAGUCAAAUGAGUACCGAAGGCCAGCAUAAUUGUGUUCUGUGCGACGCCAAGUUGGGAUCCAAGGAGGCAUUACAGGAACAUUUUAGAAAACAUGCGAAUAAAGAGAUAGACACACGAGGGAGACUUAUGAAGAACUGCAAAAAUGCUGACACUCAAUGCGAUAUAUGUGACAAAUCAUUUGAUACAAUAACUGCAACGAUAAGACACAGAUUUAAGAUGCAUCCUAAUUCACCAACCAAAUUUUAUUGCUCUUAUUGUGGAAAACAAUUUCCUUUACGGACUCAUAGGGAUAACCAUCAAAUCUCACACGACUCAUCAGAAAGUAAGAAAAUAGAGCAACAUAGGAAAUGCAUGGAUUGUGAUAUGUUAUUUUACAAUGAAAGAGCUCUGGAUUAUCAUUAUCGUUCCAUCCACAAAAGAAUGGUAUAUUUGUUUCAACCUAUAGCCACUCCUCCGCCUAGCAAUAAAAUCAAAUUAAACUCUAUGAAUGAUGCACUAAGUGUAUACUAUUGUCAUUUGUGCGGUGCUGAAUAUGUUAUAAAGUUUAACUUGCAACAGCAUCUGGAGAAGGCACACACUAGAAAGGAAAGAGAAAAUAUGCCGGAAGACUUAAUCAAGUGUACAGUGUGCUCGGCAUUAUUUUAUAACAAAAAGGCCUACAAUGUUCACAACUCUUACCAUCAACCGAAUGAUCUAUAUGUAACUUCGGAACAGCAGAGAGUGCAGACAGUAACCAAAGUCGAUCAAGACUUUGACAUUAGAAGAGUGGAAGCUGUAGCUGAUAAAUAUAUACCGCGACCUAAAAGACCGCUCAAGCACCAAACAAAGCUAAAUAAGAUGCGGAAGACAGAAACAGAGGAAACAAAAAGCGAGAGCUCUUCGGAUGAUCCUGUGGGCACUAACGAGUCCAGCGAUUCUGAGAGCGAUAUUCCACUGGAACAAAGAGUUGCCAGCUAACAGAGAUUUUUUUUCUAAUCAUAAAGGGUUUCUAUUUUGUUUUGAGGAAACAUUGUUAUAAGAGAAGUUUAUACGAAAACUAUUGCACUCAAUAGUUAUCAAGCUGAUUUAUGUGAGAGUUUUCUUUUGAUAAUUGUUAUGCAUGUUAAAGAUUUAGAUAUGUGAUAGUAGAAAGGCAAAUGUUUGUAUUCACAUUUUUCAGACCGCGUUGAAGAAGUAAGAUAGUUAUAAUUGAUCAUGAUUAAUUAUGAUAAUUUACUAAUUAUAUAUAACCUUUGCGCAACAGCUUUAUAUAUCAUAUAUCUUUUUAUACAUUAAUCCUGUCAUAUAUCUUGAAUAUGAUUCAAUUCUUUUUUUUA